CAUCGCCUUGGUCAAGUGAAUCCCGUCGUGGCAACCAAGUUUAUCAUCCGAAACUCGAUCGAAGAACGUCUCCUUCAGGUCCAGCAAAAGAAGGCAGACUUGGCGAAAUUAACUCUAGGCAAACCACUUAGCAAACAAGAAUUGCAGCAGCGUCGUUUAGCUGAGCUUCAUGAUCUACUUGGAGCAGAAGAGCUGUCAACCUAUCCCCAGAUACACAUUCCGACCAUCCUUAAGACCAAUUUCUCCGCUUCUACCACUGGCAUUCUGGUCCGCGUAAUGUCCGGUCCUGGUCCGAAUGACGCCAAACCAUCCCUUCAGGACAGACUUGGAUCCCUCUUCACUUCCUCUCCGCGCUCUUCAGUAGAGCGCUCACAUCCUCCUUCACCUCACGUGCCAGAUUCCUCUGGAGUAGUCGCUAAAAGUGAACUUACGGACAUGUCCAGACGCGGUUCUGUAGCAUCCAUAUCUUCGAAUGCAUCUAAACAAUUGCGAAAUCCCCCUCUGAUACGAUGGCUCAGCGGAUCUUCUACUGCAAAUGGACCAUAUCAUCAUAGAGCACCGUCAGACUCUCAUCUCAUGCCCGCCUCUAGUUCAAAGGCCGAGCUUACUAUAGGGAGACGAUCAGAAGAUUUGCCUGCCUCUGAUACCCAAAUUUCUGAAGAAGAAGCGAGUGCUGCUUUGAAGCAAGCCAUAUCUGACGAAGUCUUCAAGAUACGAAAGCCUCCAGAGGCACGAAUGGCGACCCACCCUGAGGGUAAACCAUUUCGUCAUCCGGUCUUGCUUGAUAAUCUAGCAAGAGCUUCGAUGCCGACUUCCUCUCUCACCAAACCACUGAACAUGACAUCGUCUCCGCUGUCAAUACAGCCCAAGAUUAUUGCAUCACCUACUUCAUACACACGGCCAGUACAGGGAGUAACUAGAACAGAUGCAAGAUCAUCUAUAGACUCUUUGAGGAGUCUUACUGCCCGAGAUAGGGGUAUCCAGACGUCAACAUCUACAGGAAUGUCCCCUAUUGUGUCAAAUGUCAAUCGUUGGUGGUUUCAAGACGGGAAUAAGGAGACGGUGGACCAAAUGCUCGGUGAUGACGACAAAGCUGCCACUGCACAAGAGGAGGCGGAGGGUAUACGAAAGAAAUCAUCAUUCGCCCCGCUACAGAUCACCCACUGGCGUGGCAUCAAGGAAGUAUUAGAAGAGAAUGGCAUCGAAGUAUUGGUAACAAAAGUACCUGCAACGUCUGGAGUAGAGGAACGAGCAAGGGUUCUUGGGGAGAAGAUUGCAGAGGCUGAUUUCCGUAGGACACAGCAUGCAUCACAUCCAAAAGAUUUUACAAUCCUAUCAGUGACAACCAUUGCGACGCCGCAUAGGGGAAGUUACUUUGCAGAUUAUUUCCUGGAAACGUUGGGAAAAGCUAGGAUACCCUCAUUAGUAUCAUUUCUCGACUAUUUACCCAAUGGAGGCGGUGAUGGGAAGGCAUUUGAAGGGUUAACAAGGGAGGCAAUGCGCAAGUUUAAUGAAGACAUCAGAGAUUUGGGGAGCUUCAUUCCUUCCAAGCUUAGUGGAUGCCUUCAAACAAAGAAGGUCCAAAUGAUGGUCUCGUUUCUGUUUCAUCUGCUCAAUGGGUGGUUUGGAUUGCCG